ACAGCUACUCGUUUGCAAUAACCGUUCGUUUCCCCUCGUCCCGAUGCUUGCUUGUUAGCUGUUUAAGCAUUCGGCGUACUCGAAAAUUCACAAGAAGAAGAAAAAAAUUUGAUUCUCCGUUCAACUCCCCUGGUUCGGUUAGAAUUGACUAUAUAAAUGCACGUUCUGAAUUUGACGCAGUCAAUGCUUACUAUAACGAGGGAUGUUCUUACCAUAUAAAUGAAAGAGGAAAUCCUUAACAUUGGCUAUUUGAAGUUAAGACUUGAAGCUUGAUUAUUGAAGGGCGAGGGAGCAAACUAUAGAAAACCUUUCUGGAAAAAAUGCAAAUUCGGCUCAGCAAACCAGCUAGUGAAGGUGUUGCAGGUACAAAGUCCUUGCCUGAAGAAACUGUGACUGUUGCAUGUCCCGAUCACCUUGUCCUAGCUGAUCUUCCUGUAGCUAAGAGCCUUGGUUCAGCUAGUGAGACUGCUCUUCUCAAGAAUGUUGGUCGCAGAUCCCGUCGUCAGCUUGGUGACAGGGUUCAUUUUUGUGUCCGUUGCGACUUUCCUAUUGCUAUUUAUGGGCGUCUGAGCCCUUGUGAACAUGCUUUCUGUUUGGACUGUGCUAGGAGUGAUUCUAUCUGCUACCUCUGUGAUGAACGCAUUCAAAAGAUUCAGACAAUCAAAAUGAUGGAAGGAAUUUUUGUUUGUGCUGCCCCUCACUGUCUCAAGACCUUCCUAAAUAAGACUGAAUUUAAGUCGCAUAUUAAUGAGAAUCAUGCUAACCUUCAUUCAAUAAGGGAAAUAGAAGGAAAUGAGUCCGAGGCUACCAGUGUCCGAAAAUCUUCAGCUUCAGAUUCCACAGUUCAAGCACCAUUAAGGCCAGGUUUUCCCUCUAGUUCGAGUUUCCAGGUCCAUGACCAACCAUCUCCAAGGCCUGUCAUGCCAGUGCCACCUUUUCCUGGACAGAUCCUAAAUCAUCCAUCAGAACUACAACCUGAGAAUAACCAAGCCCAAAUGUUUGAGAGGCCUGUCCCGCUGAACCAGUUUCCUCAGCAAGCUUUUGACUCAUUGGGUGGACUGCAGCCAAACCCAGUGCCAAUCAAUCCUGUUCCAGCUCCCCCUCAAUUUGGUUAUGCUCCUUAUGCACCUACUGGAACGCAACAAUUCUAUGGAGGUCCCUACGAUAUGCCUAGGCCAGAUUCAACACCAGAGGUUGGGUCUGAACAGGGUCCAUUGAUAGGUUUCCCGCAGGGUCCUGCUGGAGCAAUGAAUUUCGCAGAAAAUUAUCCUCGGCCCUGGAAUUUGGGUCCUGCUGGGCCUUUUGAACCUCCUCUGGUAGGUCAAGGUGAAUAUGGUCGGAGUAUGGGGGUUUCACCUUCAAACCUCCCUCCUUCAGCCAGUAAAGGGAUGGAACAUGGGCAGGGUGGAAAUUUUGUGGACCCGAGGGAAGGCAAGGUAAUGAUAGCCCCACAACCCAUGUCCCUUCCGCCACCGCCACCGCCACCGCCGCCGCCGCCACCUAUGCCUCCAACCCACUUAUCACAGCUUCAACGAGGCAGAUCGUACUAUGGUGAGGCUAGCCAUGAUGGUUCACCGGGCUUUGGGUGGCAGCAUGAGAAACGUGAUAGCUUCGGAAGUGGCCAGGAUUAGUGAAUCUACUUUGUUCUUCCCCUAGCAGCAUGCUGAUAUUGUCGUGGCUCAUUAGCGGGUUUUGUUUAAAAAAAAAAAAAAAAAAAAAAAUUAUGUUGUGUUCGACCAUUAUCACAUGUUGCAUGUUUUUCUUGAUGUUGUUUGUAGAUGCUAAAUGAAUUGUGUUUUAGAAAAGGAUUUGAUUUCCUAAUAUCGAUAUAUAAAAAAUUUGUCAUGGCUGGUGGAUUA